AUGCUUGUCAAGACUAAGGCUCCGAAUGUGAACUGCACCUUGGUGGACGACACUUUCGGUCCCUAUGCAGGACCUCACUGUCGAGGCGGCUUUUCCUUUACUCUUCUCUUUACCGAGAUCUUUCUUUGCAUUUUACCUUUGUCUAUACUCCUAAUCAUUGUGCCAUUCAGGGCCGCCUAUCUUUGGAGGAAGCAGAACAAGGUCCAAAAAUCAAACUCACUGUACAUAAAGCUGAUAGGAUGGGCUGUCUUCGCCGGCUUCGAGCUGGCCCUCCUCGUCGUGUGGGCAAAGCGCAAAACACGACAUUCCUCUGCCGAGAUCCCCGCUGCUGCCCUUAGUUUCGUGGGUGCCCUAAUACUAGGUACAUUUUCGUUUGUCGAACACAUGCGCUCAAUCCGGCCCUCGCUUUCUCUGAACAUGUACCUUUGCCUCACCUUUCUGUUCGACAUUGAGCGUUCCCGUAGCUAUGCUCUAUCCCCUGAUCUGAGCACUGUUGCGCACGUCUUUGCUACACGUCUUGCAGUCAAGCUAUUCCUAGCAGUAGCCGAGGCUAGAGACAAGCGAAAGCAUCUUCUCCCCGAGUACGCUGAUUGUCCGCCGGAGUCCACAAGCGGUAUAUACAAGCGUGCAUCGUUCUGGUGGCUCAACGCGCUGUUCAAAAAAGGCUAUUCAAACGCUUUGACCGUGGACGAUCUGUACCACUUGGACAAGACUCUACGCGCAGACUAUAUGCAUGAGGCCCUUAGCUCAGCAUGGGCGCGAUUGAAAAGUCCAGCCCCCAAUUCUCUCUUCACAACGACUCUGGGAAGGUUGAAGUGGUCCAUCUUGGCCGUUGUUCCACCUCGCCUGUGUUUGAUUGGCUUCAAUUUUUGUCAGCCAUUUCUCAUCAAUAGAGCUGUCAAGUACUCACAGGAGGCCCAAAGUCCACAAUCAAAAAACAUUGGUUAUGGACUCAUCGGCGCCUAUAUUCUUGUUUUUGUUGGCAUCGCGGUCUCUACCGGCCAGUAUAUGCAUUUGACAUUUCGCUUCAUUACCCAGAUGCGAGGUGGCCUCAUCUCAAUGCUGUACAACAAAGCCACAGAGGUGGCACUUACUGAUGUCGAUACUGCUUCUUCCCUCACGUUGAUGAGUGCUGAUGUUGAGCGCAUUGUGACUGGUAUGGAGACUGGCCAUGAGAUUUGGUCAAAUACCUUGGAGAUUGGCCUUGCCAUGUAUCUACUUGAGCGAGAGCUGGGUGCUGCCUGUGCCAUUCCCAUUGGCAUUGCAGUGCUGUCUCUAAUUGGCUCGAUUGCCGCCACCAGUCUGGUAAUGCAGCGUCAAGCACUCUGGCUCGAGGGUAUUGAGCGACGUAUAGCUGCUACUAGCGCCAUGCUCAACUCCAUGAAGGGAGUUAAGAUGGGCGGUCUUACAGAAGUCCUGCGCGAAGAUUUGCACAAGCUUCGAAUUGAGGAGCUGAAUAUCUCCAAGAAAUUUCGCAAGCUCUUGAUUUGGACUAUGGGUUUCACCUACAUCUCGCCCAUUGCCUCUCCAAUCUUGGCAUUUGCCGUCUUCUCCGUCAUUGCGCAAAAUAGCGACGGCAAAAGCGCGCUUGAUACCGCCACUGUCUUUACCUCGCUUUCUUUGUUCACUUUGCUUACCGAACCGCUUGGUUCACUGAUUAUGGCUCUUUCAACUCUAAUGGGUGGCGUGGGAUCGUUCCAGCGAAUCCAAGAGUUCAUUGUAAAGGACCCUCGAGCUGAACGCCGCAGGUUUGCGUCACCCUACGCUUCUAGCAUCACGUGCCAUUCAGAUACAAGCAGUGUAUCUGAAAAGAGCAGUGUCGUUUCUCAGAAGAGCCGCACCUCCGUUGAGAUCAAGGAGUCCAACUCGCUUGGCCCUCAAGCUAUAGUCAUUGAAGAUGGCUACUUUGGUUGGGACCCGGAGAAGCAGCCCGAAGGCAGCUUACAGCAGAUCGACAUGUCCGUCCCGCGCGGUAAGAUUACCAUGGUCGUGGGCCCGGUAGGAUGCGGUAAAUCGACUCUAGUCAAAGCUGUGUUGGGAGAAUUGCCAGUCAUGGGUGGCUCCAUCCACAUUUCAUCUCUGCGUAUUGCAUUCUGCGACCAGACUCCAUGGCACGUAAAUGGAACCGUGCAGGAGAGCAUCAUUGGCGUAUCAGACUUUGACCAGCGUUGGUACUCUUCAGUUGUGCGAAGCUGUGCCCUGGAUGAAGAUCUCGCCCAGUUGCCUCAGGGUGACCAAACUCAGAUUGGCAGCAAGGGAAUCGCAUUGAGUGGAGGCCAAAGCCAGCGCAUUGCUCUCGCUAGAGCAGUAUAUGCACAAAAAGACAUCAUUAUUCUUGAUGAUUGCCUCACUGGUCUUGACGGACAGACUGAGAACCGCAUCUGGCAUAGCCUCCUCGGAAAACAAGGCCUACUCAGGCGUUUUAGGACGACUGUUCUCAUUUCUUCAUCAUCUGCAAAGCGACUGCCCUACUGUGAUCACAUUGUCGCUCUUAGUCAAGAUGGAAGGAUUUCAGAGCAAGGAGGCUUCGCCAAGCUCAACAGCUCAGGCGGUUACGUAUCAGGCUUUGAUCUCCCGCAAGCCGACUGGGACUACAGCCCACAGAAGCACGUGUACGAGGCUCCUCCCAGGUACACUGAGCGGCAAACAGACAACAGCAAGAUCACAGAAGACGAAAUCCAAGCCGAGGCCAAUCGCCGUACAGGAGACAUCGCUAUCUAUAAGUACUACAUUGGCUCAGUGGGAUGGAUUCCUACUAUCAUCUUCAUCGUUUCGAUUGUUAUCUUCAUAUUCGGCAUCUCCUUCCCCACCGUCUGGGUCAAGAUGUGGGCAGAAUUCAACCAAGAUCACCCGAACCAGCGUCUUGGAUACUGGCUAGGUAUCUAUGCCACCUUCGGAGGUCUGGCUCUGAUCUUCCUGAUCAUCAGCUGCUGGCAGCUCAUCAUCACCAUGGUUCCUCGUUCGGGAGUGGCGUUCCACAAGAAGCUUUUGGAUACGGUACUCGGGCCAAGAUCGCCCAUGUCCUUCUUUUCCACAACCGAUUCUGGAGUCACGCUCAACCGAUUCAGUCAAGAUCUCAUGUUGAUCGACAUGGAAUUGCCCCUGGCCGCAUUGAACACUUUUGCCACGUUUGUUCUUUGCAUCGGCCAAAUGGCUCUCAUCGCCGUAGCAGCCCCUUAUGCCGUCAUCUCUUUCCCCAUUGUAGCUCUUGUGGUCUUCAUUAUUCAGAAGUUCUAUCUCCGCACGUCGCGCCAGCUUCGUUUCCUAGAUCUGGAAGCCAAGUCGCCCCUCUAUACCCAGUUCAGCGAAAUCUUGGAGGGUCUUCCCACCAUUCGUGCGUUUGGCUGGCAGGGUUUCGUCGAGAAGAAAGCUAAAGCCCUGCUUGAUCGCAGCCAACGCCCUUUCUACAUGCUCUUCUCGAUCCAGCGUUGGUUGACUCUGGUGUUGGAUUUAGUAGUCGCUGCAGUGGCUACUAUUCUCAUUGUUCUCGUGGUAACUCUAAGAGGAGAUCUGAACGCUGGUUAUGUCGGUGUUGCUCUACUCAACGUUGUGCUCUUCUCACAGAGUAUCAAGUUGCUCAUCACAUUCUGGACGCAGCUAGAAACACACAUUGGCAGUGUAGCCAGAGUCAAGAGCUUUACAACUGAAGCCAUCAGGGAAGACAAAGAGGGGGAAGAUCAUGUUCCGCCUCCUAACUGGCCAAGCUCUGGGAGAGUUGAGUUUAAGAACGUGGAAGCAUGCCAUCGACCCGGCGAACCUGUAGUCUCUGAUUUUACCUUUUCCAUUAAGCCUGGCGAAAAGAUUGCCAUUGUCGGCCGGACCGGCAGUGGAAAGUCCUCGUUAAUUCUUUCUCUCUUCCGCAUGAUUGAGGUUUCCUCUGGUAGCAUCACCAUUGAUGGACUCCCACUCAACGAGAUCCCGCGCCAGACCAUCCGCAGCCGGCUGAUUGGUCUACCACAGGAUGCGUACCUGCUACCUGGCUCUGUGCGCCUCAAUGCGGAUCCUCUGGGCGAAUCCAGCGACAAGGCCAUCAUGGCUGCCAUGAAAGAUGUUCAGCUCUGGGACAUCAUCGUCGCUAAGGGAGAUGUAGAAAAGUACAACCAUCCGCUCGACGUUGAAGUCGACGACCUCCACUUUUCUCACGGUCAGCGCCAACUGUUCUGUUUGGCGCGCGCCAUGUUGCGCAAAGACAAGGCGAGCAUGGUCAUCAUGGAUGAAGCCACCAGCAACCUCGACGCAACAACAGAUGCUCACGUCCAACGCCUGCUCCGCUCCAAGUUCCCCCACCAUACCCUCAUCUCCGUUGCUCACAAACUCGAAACCAUUCUUGACUUUGAUAAGGUCGUCGUCAUGAACAAGGGUCAACUUGUCGAAUACGGCCGACCUCACAAGCUCCUGGAUCGCCAUGGCAGCUGGUUCAAGAGCUUGUACGAGGAAGUCUGCAUGAGAGAAGACGCCAACGAUGGUCUUGACAUUGUUUGCUAA